GGGGCCCACUGUAGUAGCCCGCCCCCCUCCACCAAGCAUCAGACCAUGGCUCCCGCCCUCAUUUGGUGCUGCAAAAUCCGAUAUACACUUUCUACCUCCACACGUUGCAGUUGUUGGGUUGUACAUUCAAUCAAGCCCGAGAUAAUCUAAUGCGCUCGAUUGGAUUGGGCUUCUUUGGCUUCAACUUGACCGCUGUCGUAUGAUUGCUUUUUCCUUGGACUCGUUGGCACCUCGUUUCCAGUACACCUUGCCUCGCCCUCGGCGGCCCUCGUGCCCAUCAUGCCAGGCAUCCUCCCGAUGAAGGUCAUCAAGGUGGGCACUAGCGCGCAGAGUCGGAUUGCCCAGGCGUGCGAUCGCUGUCGAAGCAAGAAGAUCCGGUGCGACGGCAUCCGACCAUGCUGCUCCCAAUGCGCCAAUGUCGGCUUCGAAUGCAAGACGAGCGACAAGCUCAGCCGGCGAGCCUUCCCCCGCGGCUACACCGAGUCGUUGGAGGAGAGAGUGCGGGCGUUGGAGCAGGAAGUGCGCGAGUUGAAGGAGCUGUUGGACGAGAAGGAUGAGAAGAUUGAUAUGCUUACCCGCAUCCAUUCACAAUCCCCACACGCCUUGGACAUGGUCUCGAUGAGACGGCGCUCGUCAACCCCACCGACUUCUACCGACGACAAGGAGGAUUCGCCGUCGAAAGACGACAUCUUCAAGGUGCAACAGUCGCCGCAUCUCGAGGGCGAAGGGAUGAGCUCCUACUUCUCGGGAUCAUCCAGCACGAAGAUCUUCUUGGAGGCCUUCAAGCGGAAGGUGCAGGAGACCGGCCGCUCGACUGCCGACAUUGACCUCGACCGAUUAUUGGAGAUCAAGACCGUCGUCACGGAGGAAGACUCGGAUGCCGCUGCCUCCGUCGUCUUCAAGGCGCCCCCCAGGCUACUCUCGGACCAUCUCAUCAAUGUCUUCUUCCAGGAGUGGGCGCCCCUCUUCCCCGUUCUGCACCGUCCUGCUUUCCUCGAGCUGUACGGAAAGUACGUCGCCGACACCGACACCAUCACCAACAAAGCAGACAUUGCUCAGCUGAACCUGGUAUUCGGGAUCGCCGCGCUGUCGAGGGAGUCGCGUUCCUCCGAGGAUUUGGCUAGCUUCGAGGCGCAGUGGAAAGCUGCAUUGGAUGCGAUUUUGAAGAACAACACGAUACCCACGCUGCAGGCUUUGAUUCUCGCGCAAAUCUACUGCAUUCAGCAAGGUGACUACCAGAGUCUACUCACCUACAAAGGUCUGUCCACCACGCUGUCGGCGCGACUGGGCUUGCAUCAAUCGCAGAAGCGUUUUGCUUUUGGUGCCCUCACGUGCGAGACUCGAAAGAAGAUCUUUUGGACUCUGUACACCGUGGAUUGCUUCACUGCAACCAUCCUCGGCAUGCCGAAACAACUAAAAGACGAGGACAUUCAAUGCGAGUUCCCCGUCGACGCCGACGACGAAUACGUGACCGAACGUGGAUUCGCCCCGACCCUGCCGGGCGAGUCGACCAAGCUGUCCAGCGCGCUCGCCCUGUUCCGCGCCGCCCGCAUUCUCUCAAAGGUCCUGGAAGAGGUCUUCCCAGCCAAGGCUACCUACGACUUGUCCUUGAAGCGACUCGCAGACUUCUCCGACGAGUUGGAGUCGUGGAGCGCCUCGUUGCCUCCCCACCUGCGCCUGCAGUUCGCGCAUGACAAGCCCAGCACUGGCACGGUGAACAGCCGCUCGCCCAUUCUGUCGCUCAUGUACCACUAUGUCCGCGCGCUGAUCCAGCGCCCCAUCGUCUGCGCGGCGCUGGGCACCCGCUCUUCGUCCGCGAUGAUGUCGAUGGCCGGCUCAUGCAAACACAUGAUCCAGAUCGUGCAGCUGUUGAUCGAGCGCGGCAUGAGCUUCUCAUUCUGCCUCAACCGCGACGAGGUCUUGGUGCUGUCUGGCUUUGGCCUGCUGUUCCAAGGCAUUCCCCUCGACCCAAGCUCCAAGAUCUUGAAGGACAAUCAAAAGAUGGUCAACGCCGUCAUCGGCAUCCUCAGCAAAUCUGCUGCAUCGUGCGCGCCCGAGUUCAAACGAGUCGCGCGCUCCUUCAUCCCCGAGCGAUGCGAGCCCACCAAGAAGAGCCAGCAGUCCUCCAAACCCAACAACCCUGAGCUCGCCCGCCACAACUCUGACGGCGCAGUGCCGCCAGUGAUCGUCUCCAGCCCGACAUCGUCGGCGCGAAAGAACCUGAAAGCCAUCGCCUCGCGCCUCACCGGCAGCGGCUCCGCAAAGAAACCCGGCUUCGACGCCACCGACCACCGCAGAGCCACGAUCCACAACAUCAGCCUCCAGCCUCAACCCAUCGCCAGCCGCAGCGUCCCAACCCUCCAACCUCCCGUCCCCGCCGCCUCCCCCUACGACCCCGCCUCCACCUCCCGCUCCGAACCAGCCCGCAGCCCAGUCAACAUGUUCAGCCGGCCUUCAUCGACAACCACCGGCCCCCCAAGCGCAACCUCAACCUCCUCAAGAACAACGACCACCCACCCCACCCUGCAACCGCGCCUGCGCACAAACGCCCCCACCCUCACAAACCUCGACUACCUCUCCUUCGGCAACGAGCCCGAGCCCCAAGCCCCCGUCGCCGCCCAGCCAACCAACACUCGCACCUCGCACCCCAUCAAAACCGAGCCCGGCCCCACAGACUGGGAGAAGCUGAUCGGCAGCCUCGACAACGGGCAGACAAACAUCUACGACGCAUGCUACGGCGGCCCGUCCGUCGAUGCCCUGCUCGACAUUCCGCCUCUCCUGAGCGGUAGCAGCGGGGACACCGGCUCCGCCGCGCAAACGGUGCACGACAGCUUGUCCUUCAACACUCCGCUGGACCUGUGGACGCUGGUGCAGACGGAGACGAACGGGAGCGCGAAGUCGGGCCUUACGGUGGGCAGCGGGCAGAGCGAUAGCAUUCUGUCGUUUUCGACGGAUGACGCGCGCGGCUUCGAUUGCAGCAGUAGCAGUGAGGACUUCACUACGAUUGAUUGGACGGCGGGGACAAGCGAGGGCAGUGGGGACGGGAGUUUGGAGCAGAGCGGCAGCGGGGCGGAUGUGUAUCGGGGGAUUUGCAUGCCGCACGACGACAUGGGGUUUGGAGGGAGUAAUUGGGAUACGCCGUUGAAUUUUUGAAAGACGGUGGACUGGAAUGAUACCCCGGACGGUGAGAGGAGGGGCGCGGAGGCGAAAAACAGUUUGGAGAAUGCUUGAACGGGACGAUUGCUUUUCCUUCCGAUUGCCGCCCGACGAAGAUGGACGGGGGACAUGGAGCUCUCUUGUUGUUGUUGUUGUUUUCGAUGAUACCCGAAGCUCUUCCGGACGAGGUAUGUAACAAUUUGAAUGGCGGGAACGACGAAAAUGGGCUGUUUGUUUUCCUCCCGGCGCCGGAGGGUAAUGGCGAAGUGGAUGGACAGACUGAAAUACCUUACCUUAGCUUUUGCAGAGAGCACAAACAAGGUCAGCAGAAUGGGAUGA